AUGCAGAAACGCGCGGUGGUGGUGAGCGCGGCGGCCGCCGUGCUCGGCCUCGCCGCGGCCGUCCUGGGGUUCGCCGCCGAGUAUUUCAAGCACAAGGCUUUCGUGGGGUCCGACGCGUUCCGCUGCGAGUACCGCCGCACGCCGGCGUUCGGCUGCGGCAUCGCCGCCGCGCUGCUCUCGCUGGCCGGGGCGGCGCUCGUCACCGCGGCCAGCGGCUGCUUCGGCGCCGGCGCCGGCGCUCCCGCGCCCGCGCGUGGCGCCGGCAGGAAGGUGUGCGCGGCGCUAGCGUGGUUGCUGGCAGCGGCGGCGGCGGCGAUGUUCAUGUACGGCGCGUCACGGAACGCGGGAGGGACGGGGGGCUUCACCGCGGUCCGCCGGCGGCCCGGGCGGCGCAGCAGCGACGGCCGCGCCUUCGACUUCGUCUGCGCCGAGCUCAGGGACGGAGUCUUCGUGUCGGCGUCGCUCGCGGCCGCCGCCGGCGUCGCCUGCGCGAUCGCGGCCUACGUCGACGCCCUCCGGCAGAGGGACCAGCAGACGGCCACGCUGGGCGUCGCGAUGGGGCAGCCGCAGUGGCCGUCGCAGCCACCGUACCCGGCUCCCGUGGCUUACCCUCCGUACGGUGGCUACGGCGCCAAGCAACCUGCAGGGUCAGCGUGA